UACGGGUGCUUGGCCAACGCAAAUUUAAGGGGAAUCGCAGCCUACACAAAGCCAGAUCUGAGCUUCCCUCACACUUAUCAUCAUCAUCGGCGUGGAGGGAGAUAUUACCAUCAUCAGUGCGAGGGCAAAGGAGUCACGACCACACUUUACACAAUGUAGAGCACGGAAACAGAAGAGGUGUGGUAGGAGCCAGGUCUCUGCAGUGGUGAAAUCACAUUUUGCACUUGGGGUCAUUUAGUGUGGACGUCUAUUUGCAGCAACAAGACCUCGACAUGAGCAACCCCCAGGCUCCUCCUAAGGCUGGUGCCUCCGAGCUGGAGGUUAUCUCCCAGCAAGUGGAGGAGGACAACCAGUGCGUGGCCCCUGUCCAGCUGGUCAGCUUCACCUACAGAGACUUGCCUUUAGCCGCCCUGGAUAUAUCCCUGGCUGGCUCCCAGCUCAUCUCGAACCCAGAUGAAGAGGACAACAGAGAGGGGUCGAACUGGCUCAAGCCAUGCUGUGGACGAAGGGCAGCGCUGUGGCAGGUCUGUCUGCUGUCGGCGGGUUUCAACUGUUUCCUGGUGGCCUGUGUCAUUCUGGUGGUGGUGCUGCUGACACUGGAGCUGCUCAUAGACACCAAGUUGUUGCAGUUUAAUAAUGCAUUCCAGUUUGCCAGCAUCAUCCACUGGAUUAGCCUGGCUAUUCUCUCUGUGUUCUUCACGGAGACCGUGUUCAGGAUCGUGGUAUUGGGGAUAUGGGAUUACAUAGAGAACAAAGUAGAGGUGUUUGAUGGAGCUGUCAUCGUCCUUUCUCUGGCCCCCAUGGUGGCCUCCACAGUGGCCAACGGCCCCAGCAGCCCCUGGGACGCUAUCGGUCUCAUCAUCACACUGCGCAUCUGGAGGGUCAAGAGGAUCAUUGAUGCCUAUGUGCUGCAAGUGAAGGUGGAGAUGGAGAUGGAGAUCCAGCAGUAUGAGAAGGCCAAAGCGGUGAGGGAGGAACAACUUGACCGGCUCACCCAGAUCUGCCAAGAACAGGCAUUUGAAAUUAGGCAGCUGAGAGCCCACCUGGCCCAGCAGGACCUGGAUCUGGUAGCAGAGCGUGAAGCAGCCAUGCAGAUCCACCAUAUGUGGGGUAAACAGAGCAGCAGUUUCCAGGAAGUGGACGGGCUGGCCCCUGGGGUCUCCGAGCAUCACGGGCCAGCUAAAGCCAGAGAGCCCGGGGGGCCUGCAGAUCACCACGGUCAAGAUGACAUGAACAACUACAUCAGCCAGUACUACAGUGAGCCAAGCAGUGAUAUGGGGAUCCCAGACCCUGCACGUGUCAUCACCACAGCAGCCAUAGACGUGCACCUGCCUAACAACCCCAGCCAGCUUCCCUCCUCUUUGGUAAGUGCUGACGCAUUGACGUCCAGCCGUUUGCAGCGCACUGGCAGCGAAGCCUCCACCACCACGGUGUCCCGCACCAGCUUCAGCGCCCGUCAGCACAGUAUCAGCAGCCACACACUGGGCUCCACUACAGACUGCAGCUCCACGGUGCGCGAGGCCUCCACAUCCACAGAUUACAGCGACCAACGCUGCUACCCACCACCCUACAGCAGCCCUCUAGCCCUGGGCACUCAGCCACGGGGGAGUCCCAGCGCUGUGGUGCAGGAGCUGCUCUCCUCUCUGUCCGAGGACUCCUGUCUCACCCAGAAGGGCCUGGACCCUGUCAACCUGAAACCGCCCAGCCCAGCAGGUUCCACUAAAACCAGCCCCGAGCUGGAGCACAGGGUCAACAUCUACAACAAGAGGAACCAGGAGAGCAGAGUUGGGCUGCACUCAAAGCCUCUCAUCCAUCUGCAGGGCAACGAGCCUCUUCUAGAGGAGAAGUACAGGAUGAUGGAGCCAGUAGACGGCCCAGUCAACCGUCUGUCAGAGACAUAAGACCCUGCCUGACAUGUGGAACUUCACAGGACUCACUCUUCAGAUGAACCGCAAAAAUUAACGCUGUACUAAACUCUGGUGUGGUUGGGAGUCACUGGCACAUAAACUUUAUGUCUGUCAUCCUCUUUGUACUGUUGCACAGGAUGAGCUAAGCAGAGCAGCACAAAAACAGAGGGCAUGGAAGACUGGAGGAGGCAGACUUGUUAUCAGGCACCACUUAUCAGGAAUUGACAUUCACAAAAACACUUUGAGUUUUAUGAAAUCUUACCAAAAGAAACCAGCAACAGGGCUCGAGCCCAAAAUUUUCAGACAACUGGUCUGUGCAGAAAAAGAAAAAAAAUGUGGCUUUUGAUAAGUUAAAGUUUUGGUUUAAUUUAUAGGAAGGGAAACCAGUGAGGGGAUGGUGCUGAGGGCUAAGUUCCUCUGAUACACGUUAUGGAAUUGACUGGACUGAUCAGAUCAUGUAUUGGAGGGCCACAAACUGUGAAUCUCUUCCUGUAAACUACAAGGCAUGGAUUUAUCAUAAGUGCAGGUGUAUUGGCUGUUUUGAUAGUCUAGUGUCUCCAAACUCACAAAGAACAGUCCCCUUUGAUUGGACUGCUGCAGGGUACAUUGGGUCAGUCUCAACUCCUUUCUAAUCUUUGUCUUUCUAUAUUAGCCAUGUUAACAUUUUUAUCUAAAUUCUAUGAGAGGAAAAGAGUGCAGAAAAGUUUGACUGGUGGGUGAUUCCAGUGAUUCAGAGAAUUUUUAUCCAGGUGCCAUGACUGGAAUCUGACCAAACUCAAACCUGAGUCAGUGCUUAAUGAGAUUCAGCAAACCACAGCAUGUCCCUCACGUACCGAAUUGAUCUACCUGCACAUGAUAGAUUUGACAUCAUUCAGGUCUAAAAUGUUACCUUCUUAUUUUAAUGUCUGGAAGCUGUGUAAAUAUUUCAGGAUGGGUUUGAUCAUCAUAUCACAGCCAGAAAAAGUGAGGGACUGGAAGUGGAGCUAUAAUAAAAUGU